UCUUCAUCGGAUUGUUGAUGAUGAACAAACUGCUCAAGUAGCAGUCUGUCUUACCUUGGUCUGAUCAAUAUUCAUUGCAAAAGAACAAAGCUUUGUUCUAGGCUAAGCCUCUGUGUAGGGGACAAAAGGCCAUUGCGUGACUGCUGUCUAUAUUUCAUUUAAACGCCAAAAAAAAAAAAAUGUUUUUGUUUUGCAACACACCAUGUCCACUGACAGCAUCUUGUUUCAAGAUAUUUUCGAUAUCAAAGACCUUGACCCUCAAGGCAAGCGUUUUGAUAGAGUCUCACGUCUUGUUGCUCGUUCCGAAAACUAUGAAAUGGAUUUGACUUUGGACUUCAAUGCUGAAAUUUAUCCUUUGAAGGUUGGAGAAAAGUUCUCGUUAGUCUUGGCUUCUUCUCUUUCUCUUGAAGCCAAUGCCAAUGCCAGUGGUGUUGAAAAGAAAGAAAGCUGGCGUGAACGUGCACCAGGAGAGCGUGAUUUAAGUGACGAAUAUGAAUAUGUAAUGUUUGGUAAAAUUUAUCGAUAUGAAGAUUCCAACAAGAGUGCUUCAGCUGGUCAACAAGUGUAAGUGUGUUGUCUGAUUCUGUAUGUCGUUAAUAUGUCGAUAGUUCUGUGUAUGUUUCUUACGGUGGUCUUUUGAUGUGUUUGGAAGGUGAUUAUAGACACUUGCAAAACUUGACUGUUGGUGAAAACAUUUACUUGCUUAUUCGAAAGUAAGAGAGAGAAAAAGAGAGAGAGAGAAAGAAAGAAAGGAUGGAAAUGCCAUGUAAAUAAAUAAAUAUACGCUUAAAGUCACAC